AUGACAAAGAGGUCUCCAAGACUAGUACAGGUAACAAAAACAACAUGGAAACAACAACUCAAAAUGAACCAAAGAAUGAACAAGGGGACUCCACUUUGUAAAGAAAUACAACUUCUAGUUCCACUAUUCCAGGAAUCUGUAGCCCUUUACCAACAAUAUCAAGACUUUAAAAAAAGAAUUGAAUCAUACAACAAAGAAAAAUCAGCUAAUAUCAGGCCAGAACAAGAACCUUAUGCAGGUAGUUCUGCUAACAAAGAAGAAAACCCAUACUUGCAAGAUGAUGCAUCUAUUAUAGAUGGUGUGGGCUUACAAAAAAAUGAUUUAAUACAAGAUGAACAAAAGGGGCCUUUGUUACCUUCAAUAGAAAUAGACAAUGAUAAAAGAAACUCUACAUCAAGUAAAGAUAAGGACCUCUCAUCUGACCCAAUAUCAGCACCAUGCAAUGAACUGGCUGCACUGUAUCUUAAUGCAGAACUAUAG